CAAGAUGCAGAGGCUGCACUAUAGCGGGGAGCCCGUGGCUGAUGCUGCCUUCACCGACAUCCAGACCCUCAACAAUUUCUCCGACCAGCAAUUUGCAGCAUUGACAGAAAUACUCUUUCGCUUUGUUACAGAACCUACGGAGUCAGAGCGGUUACUAAACGAGCUCUGUGAAUUUGCCUCACAAAAUGGAAUGAUCUUGGGACCCUUGAAGAACAUUGUAAAAAGUGCUCUGUUGGUUCCUAAUGGUGCCUUGAAAAGAAAUUUGACAGCUGAACAUGUCAAAGCUGAUUUCAUUGCUCUGGGACUCAGUGAGGAGAAGGCGGGAUACUUUGCAGAUCAGUGGAAAUUGCAUUCUGCGGCGCUGUCAAGAGCACACGGUAUUGCGGGUUCAGUAUUGAUGUGGAUAGAGAACUGGCUGGCAGACAGGAAGCAAAGAGUAGGAGUAAACGGGUUCUUUUAUCUCUGGAAUUCUCUGUCACAGAAGGUAGUUGAGGCCAGUUCAUUGGCUAUAUUUAAGAGGGAGUUAGAUGUGGCCUUUGUGGCUAAAGGGAUCAGGGGGUAUGGAGAGAAGGCAGGUACAGGAUACUGAGUUGGAUGAUCAGCCAUGAUCAUAUUGAAUGGCGGUGCAGGCUCGAAGGGCCGAAUGGCCUACUCCUGCACCUAUUUUCUAUGUUUCUAUGUUUCUAUGUUU